GCAACCUGGGACAGAUGUUGUUCAUAACGCGCGGCAGAGUCGAACCGGGAACUGUUGUAGCGUGGCAAACAUGUCUACAGUCUCCAGUGUUCACUGAUAAGCAGACUUGACAUGGACAUGGGUACGGAUUCCACACAACCCAGAGGUCUCGUUAAAUAAACUAGAUUCGUAAUUAGAGUCCUCUUGCUGCUGUCUUCGCACUCGACUUCGAAUUCACGACUGGCAUGGGGGCACGGUAUUGAUGCGCUCGGUAUUGCGCUCAGAUCUACAGAAGCCCACUCCGCCGGCCGCAACUCAACGCUUGAGGACGAAACUUCACGCUUUGGUGUGAGACUUUUGGAGUUGCCUAAUUGGAACCGCAAUUUAGAGCAAUGACGGACUCUACAGCCUCAGACGCGGUGAGCACCAUCCCGGAUCCAACUAUUGUUGAUCCGUCGACUGUGAACGGCCAGUGCGACCCGACAGAUCAACAGCCACCCAAAAGAGCAAGUCAGGGGGAACCUAAAUUCAAGAUGGACCAGGAGAUGAAGAUUAGCGAUAGCGUGGAGGGGCAAGGCUUACUGGAGAGCAGCAUGAGGCUAAAGCCCCACGAAGCUCAAAGCUACCGCAAGAAAGCAUUGUGGGUCUCCUGGGUUUCCAUCUUUGUGACGCUGAUCCUGGCAGUAGCAGCUUUCACUGUUUCCUUCAUGAGACACAGUGCCUCGGCUUUCGGAUUCGCGUUUGAUGCCGCCCUGGACGUGCUGUCCUCCAUCAUCGUGGUGUGGCGCUAUAGUAACGCCGCCGCCGUUCACUCUGCACACAGGGAGUACAUAGCCUGUGUGAUCCUGGGGGUGGUCUUCAUCCUGUCCUCUCUGUGUAUCCUGGGAAAGGCAAUCCAUGACCUGGCUACCAAGCUACUGCCUGAAGUGGAUGACUUCCUCUUCAGUGUGUCCAUCGUCAGUGGCGUGUUGUGUAUCAUUCUGGCCGUGUUCAAGUUCAUGCUGGGUAGGGUGCUCACCAGCAGAGCCCUCAUCACAGACGGUUUCAACUCCCUGGUGGGCGGGGUCAUGGGCUUCUCCAUCCUAAUCAGUGCUGAGGUGUUCAAGCACGAUCCCAAAGUGUGGUACCUGGACGGGUCCAUAGGGGUCCUGAUAGGCCUCAUCAUCCUGGCCUACGGAGUCAAGCUGCUGGUUGAUAUGGUCCCUCGAGUGCGACAGACGAGGAACUACGAGCGCUUCGAGUGACAGAAGACCACGGAAGGGCAGCGAGGGCUCAGUGGGGGAUGGGUUCUAGGUUAUAUACAGUAUGUGUACGUCCAGUGUCUGUUCUAGGAUAUGUAUAUCUACGCCCAGUCCCUAUCCAGCUCAGCUCCAUCCUUCCUGGUAGAUCUCUCCAGUCACCAUGACAAACCUAUUGAUUGAUUUAGACCUCACGGUGCCAGCCCAGUGGCAUUUUAGGUGCCACUGGGCGUUCCCCCAGCGUUCGCCCUGUCUCUCUCUGACUCCGAACCUGAUCCAUCCAUAGGAGUCAUUACGAAGUCAAAGAGAAGACGGAGGAGGUUUCCCUCGAUGUUUCUCCUCCUCGUCUGCCGAAGCAGGGGGAGGCGGAGGGACAGACCGAAGAACGAGGGCUGCUGAGUCGUCAGGAAAUGAUGCCACUGCCGCUACAAAGGCACUGCACAUUGUCCACUGAUUACAGUCUGGUGUUCAUAUCUCUAUCUCCCCUUGGACAAGAUGGCUGAUUCAGAUAUGCAUCUCAGUCCAUAUGGGAUUUCAAUGGUUUCUAAUAGGCUUUUUAUUUUGUUCAGUAACACUGGCUGUGUCCCCAAUGACACCCUGUUCCCUUUAUAGUGCACUACUUUUGACCAGGGCCCAUAAAAAGUGCACUAUGUAGGAAAUAGGGUGGCAUUUGGCACACACAGCCUAUUUCUGUUCAUGACGCCACUGCUCAAAGUAGAUGUGCUGCGUUUAUGUAGUCAUGAUGUGGUAACAGGUAAAGUAUAUUUUAGGGUGGUAGUUGCUAGGGCAUGUUUGCUAUGUUUGCUAAAAACAAAUCAGCAGGGAAAAUGGAUUUCUGAGAUGCCCAUUGUAUUAUCAAUUGUAGACACAAGAGUAUAGUAUAGCAGUACAGCAUGUGCAAUAACAAUGUGACAGAAGACUUAUCAAUGGCUUGCGUCUCAAAUGGCACCCUAAUCCCUACAUAGUCACUAUGGGUCCUUGUCAAAAGUAGUGCACUAUAGGGAAUAGGGUGCUAUUUGGGACAAAACCUGUAUCAUUUGAUUAGUGAAUAUGAAAGCACAAAUGUCCCGGUCACCAACUCAUGUAUGGAAUCUGUGUUUGCUGUAUUGCUUAAGAGGGUCACAUUAAGGGGUGUUGAAUAAAAGCCUGUGGCAGACCAUCAACAGACAACAUGACUGGAGCCAAAUACUAGCCAGAGAUUACUACGCUGGAAUUAAAACAAGUCUUUUUCUGUGCACUACAGCCAAGUCUGUUGGCUAGAGCACAACAGGUCAUCCCUUUUUAGGCCAUUCCCCCUUCCUUAUCUAAUUCCUUAACCAAAUCUGAUGGGGGAAAUACGGUCGUCCUGGCGAGUAAAUAUACCAUAUAUAAUUAUAUUGUUUAAAGCUUUCACAAUCUGCCAUGCUGGAUGUAGUUGUAUAUGUAGGAUAUACACUACAUGACCAAAAGUAUGUGGACACCUGCUCGUCGAACAUCUCAUUACAAAAUCAUGGGCAUUAAUAUGGAGUUGGUCCCCCCUUUGCUGCUAUAACAGCCAUCAUCCACUAGAUGUUGGAACAUUGCUGCGGGGACUUGCUUCCAUUCAGCCACAAGAGUAUUAAUGAGGUCAGGCACUGAUGUUGGGCUAUUAGGCCUGGGUCGCAGUUUGUAUUCCAAUUCAUCCCAAGGGUGUUACAUGGGGUUGAGGUCAUGGCUCUGUGCAGGCCAGUCAAGUUCUUACACACCGAUCUCGACAAACCAUUUCUAUAUGGUGCACGGGAGCAUUGUCAUGCUGAAACAGGAAAGGGACUUCCCCAAACUGUUGCCACAAAGUUGGAAGCACAGAAUCGUCUAGAAUGUCAUUGUAUGCUGAAGAUUUCCCUUCACUAGAACUAAGGGGCCCGAACCAUGAAAAACAGCCCAAGAUCAUUAUUCCCCCUCCACCAAACAUUACAGUUGGCACUAUGCAUUCGGGCAGGUAGCGUUCUCCUGGCAUCCGCCGAAUCCAGAUUUGUCUGUCGGACUGCCAGAUGGUAAUGCGUGAUUCAUUACUCCAGAAAACACAUUUCCACUGCUCCAGAGUCCAAUGGCGGUGAGCUUUACACCACUCCAGCCAACGUUUGGCAUUGCACAUGGUGAUCUUAGGCUUGUGUGCGCGGCUGCUCGGCGAUGGAAACCCAGUUCAUGAAGCUCCCGGCAAACAGUUCUUGUGCUGACGUUGCUUCCAAAGGCAGUUUGGAACUCGGUAGUGAGUGUUGCAAUCGAGGACAGCACAUUGCCAUUGUUUCUCCUAGACAUUUUCACUUCACAAUAACAGCACUUACAGCUGACCGGGGUAGUUCCAGCAGGGCAGAAGUUUGAAGCACUGACUUGUUGGAAAGGUGGCAUCCUAUGACGGUGCCACGUUGAAAGUCACUGAGCUCUUCAGUAAGGCCAUUCUACUGCCAAGGAGAUUGCAUGGCUGUGUGCUCUAUGUUAUACACCUGACAGGUGUGGCUGAAAUAGCCGAAUCCACUAAUUUGAAGGGGUGUCCACAUGCUUUUGUAUAUAUAGUGUAUGUGGUUUGCAAAAAUGAAAAUAAUCCACAUAAAUCAUUGUUAUGUGAAUUACAUGAAUACAAUGUUGACAUUAUACAAUUACAUGCAUGCAGUGUUGACAUACAGCAAUACAAUGUUGACCCAUUGCACAAGGAGUGCGCUUAAGGGCUCUAUUCAAUCUGAAUCGCGGAAGUUCAGCGGUACAGCAUGAUUGAAGGCAAUGUUCCCGGUUUGGCGGAGACUGCAUUCACCGUUAACACUGCAGAUGUAGACUCAACAGGAAAUGACCUUGAAAUCAGCAAUGCUUCAGGAUACAGAUUUGAAUAGAGCCCUAAAGGAAGAUGAUUGAAAUCAAGCCUCCAAGCUGUGCAUACUGAUUCAGUCUUUCAGAAUACUGUACCAAGGAAAGUUGUCAAUAAGACAUUAGUCUAGUAUAUAUUAUAGUGCACUAUAAUACAAAUACAUUUUUGUACUUAUAGAAAGGGAUUUUUGUUUACCGGUGGGACGGGUCAUUGCACUCACUCCAAAUGGCUUUUUAGACCAGGAUUCAAUCCGAGGCUCGUUAUAGAGCAGUGCACUGGACAGCCAAAAAUGCACUUUUUAAAGUUAACUCACAUUUGAGCCGACAUUCGCAGCAUUUGCCAUAAAUGCAAUCUCCACGAACGCCGGGGAAAUUGCCUUUAAAAGGGGCAUUGUUGCAUGUCAACUGUGCUGCACUAUAACACGCUCUGGAUUGAAUCCUGGCUUUACUCUAAUUCUUACCAACACCUUUUGUACAUAGCAAUGAAUUCUUGUACAUAUUGUAAUAUAAGUUGAUAUGUUUACAUUGGUAUUGCCAAUUUUAGCAGAAACUAGACUUGCUAGAUAAUCGGUGGCGGUGUUGUUCUGUAUUAAGAGUGCUUAAGCUAAAAGUCAAUAGUUGUCUUCUCAAAGGAAAGUGUCAUUUGACGUACUAAGUUCAGGAUCUAGGAUGUGUUUCAAUGUACUUCGAUAAUGUGAUUGAGCAAGAGUUGCACCACUGUAACCGUUUGUUUUCUGUGACUGUUUUCAGUCAAAAAGGAUGGAUACUAACACCACCCCCUAACUUUAUGGCUGUCGGCAAGCGCAACACUAAGGCUGCGUUCCAGGCUACAUUGCAGAAGCAUGCCAGAUCUAAGAACGCCUGACCCUAAUAUCACUUGACCACAUCACAUGAUGAAUUCAUCUGAUACCCGACUCUGCAGCCGAUGACGUGGCACACAACCAUUGGUUGAUCCAAUGCAUGUCUGCAAUGUAGUUGGCCUGGAACGUGACAGGCUCCUUGGAGCACCAUGGCUCUUAGCCCAAAGGCCAGCAGGUGGCGAUAUUGAGUUGUUUCAUCUUACCUUCCAAACGCAUUGUAUGAAACUGCGUAUCCCCCGUGGACGGUUCGUACCUAAAACAUCCUCUAUUCAGGCUGCAAAGGUGUCAAUUUCCUCCUUCACUAUAUUUAAUGGUGAAAAAGUGGGGGGAAAAUGUACUUUAUGAAAUACCAUUGUCUACCAUCAUGCUAGAGUGGCUAAUGCUACUUCAUGAUGUUUCUCCAUGCGUUCAGCCAGGGGUAAACAACAGACUGCUGCAACAUGCAGCCGGCAACACACUCGUAUAACUUGUGGACCGCUUCAUACCUAAAACAUUCUCCAUUCAGGCUGCAAUGGCGUCAAUUUCACCAUAUUUAAUGGUGAUAGGGCAACAAAAAUGCCUAGGAAUGGUAGUCCCGGAUGUUGCGUAUCGUGUUCAGCCAAUCAGUUUGCAGCAGUCUGUUGUUCACCCCUGGCUGAACGCAAGGAGCAACAUCAUGAAGAAGCAUUAGCCUGAAUAAAGAACGUUUGAGGUACAAAACCGUCCACGGGGGAUACGCAGUUUCUCUGGACCCCAGCAAGGUUUCGUUUCAAGGUCUGACCCACUGGGCAAAGACAUCAAUUCAACGCUUAUCCCACGUUAGUUCAACGUAAUAAACAAAGUUGAUUCAACCAGUGUGUGCCCAGUGGGGAGGCACUUUUUGUCACAUUCCUGAAGCCCAAAGAAACAAACACUUAGCUUCCUAGUACAUGUGGCAAUGAAAAAUGUUUAUGAAUGACUUUUAGGAGGGUUACUGUCAAAAGUAUGUGUUAAAUAAAAGUAGACUGAUGUCAGGCACAUGGUCCCUCAGAGCUUGUGAUCCCCAUGCCUUGCGGGGGCUGCGGGGUAUCUGGUAGGCCAGUGGAUACUGGCUGCAAACAAUGUGCUUGGACGGUAAGAUGAAAUGACUCAAUAUCAACAUCUGCCCGGCCUUUGGGCUACAUGGCUCGCUGGUCUCGGACACCAAUCAAAGACAGUGAGGUAUCAAAGGAGGCAUAUCAUUUAUUAGCAGAUGGAAAUGUCAUCCUUUCCAAGCCACAAUUGCACUGCACAGAAACAGCCUUAACCAUUGAGCUGGGGCACAUUCUGUACGUAAACUGCUCAGAACAUUGCAGAAAGAAAUGUAAUGAAUAGAGCUGACAUGAUGUGUAAUUUUACUUUUACUUUUAAUUUUACAUAUUAAUAUGAAUAUUGUAUAACAUCUGAACAGACCCCAGAAUUCUGGAAAUGAGAAUAUAAACUUGGAAAGUUUACUUGCAGGGAAUUGCUCUUUUAAACAAAUGCUGUUUGUGAUUGUCUACUUAAUGUCUAGCAUAGUUGGUAAUGCGUUCACAGAAAUUCAGUAUUUAUGGUUCAUAUGAGGUCUAUGCUUGCUGCAGUAUGUACUCUAUAUUAUUUACACAUUAAACUCACUGUAACACCCCUAAUGUGUUAGGGGUGUUUCUACA